AUGAAGUUGAAUCAGGCUUUGCAAAGUUCCCGUCGAUUUGCGUCGACGCUGGCCGGUCACGUCAAGAUCACCAAGUCUGAUCUGCCGGCCUCAACAUUCUUCUGCUCGAGCCAUGCCGGCGAGUACGUCUCGAAGUCAGGGGAGUGCACAAGGACGUUCAAUGAGGUCUUUGAUACCCGGUUGUUAAGGGCUUCUCCCGGCUUGGAUCCUCAACCCAGCGUGUUCUUCGAGCAAUCCCUCUCGUCCAAUCAGCGUCGACUUGGUCAGCCUGACGAACGUGAGGUGACUCUCGGAAAGACCAUUCGUACGCUCAGGCAGCAUCUCCCACACAUCCUCGAAACUCCCCUUCCAGCCAAGAUCCUCUCUCCAUCAGUCAAGCUACACCUCUUUCCCUCGACACACCCCAACAUCCCCAGAGUUUCUGGCCGAGUCCCAUACCUAGCAGCACUGCGUCUCGCAUGUUGGACUGUUCCGGUCAUCUUGAAGCGUCAACCCCCGACAAACCACGUCCGUCUCGAAAUCCUUUCCGAAAGGAUGAUCACGGUGAACGGUCGUGAACGUCUCAUGGUCCGCUGGCAAACCGCCCUUGACCAUCCGCAUUCGGACGAGGGGUGUAUGGCCGGCUGGUUCUGGUUCGAGUUUGAUGAGUUUGGGAAGUUGAGUUCGCAUGUGGUCGAGGACGUUGAAUAUCCUACGGAGAGGCAGCAGAAACCGUCUGUUGUGACGAGUAUUUGGGAGAUGUUUGGAAGUGGAUCCAGGAAAGAGGAGCAACUGGCAUGGUACUGUGUGCCGUUGCGCAGGAAGAGGCGUGAAGAGGCGGGGCUAAUGAACGAUCGCUUGUGA